UUCAAUUGCACUGCAUUUUAUUUCACAAAUUUGUAAUUAGAUCCGAAUUCAGCAUGUUCGAUGGGAAUUCUAUUCAGCAUCAGAUUGAAAGUGGAGAAGAUAAUGAUUACUACUACAUAGCAGAUGAUUAUGAUGACGAUGCAGAUAAUUCAAAUUACAUAUACAUCGUCAAUACAAUCUUAAGCGGUACUGCUCGACUCAAUGUUCUCUUGCCUACCGCCACCAUCCUGGCGUUCACCAUUUUCGCCCCCCUCAUAACUGAUGAUGGCAAAUGCACCACCUUCGACCGGUGGCUGAUGGGUUUCUUCGUGGCUUUAUCAGCCACCUCCUGUGUGUUCUUCUCAUUCACUGACAGCUUUCGAACAGCCACAGGGAGGUUGUACUACGGGGUGGCAACAUUCCACGGGAUAAGAACAUUCAAUGGAGGGCGUGUGAAACCCUGCGUCCCGUCGGAUUACAGGCUGAGAUGGGCAGAUAUCUUCCAUGCAGCCCUUUCCUUGACUGCUUUUCUUACAUUUGCAAUGUUACACAAUGAUGUUCUGAGCUGCUAUCAUCUGAUGUUGCCCAGAAAAGUCAUCUACAGUGUCCCUUUGGCGAUCGGGUUUAUAAUAAGCGUUCUUUUUGUACUGUUUCCUUCCAGGAGAAGAGGAAUUGGGUAUCCCUUCUUGCUGCAAACUGAUGCUUUAUACAGCAGAAAUUGACAAACAACUUUUCAUCCAUUUAGAUGAAUUAGAAUGAGCAAAUGCCUCUAAUAUGCCUCUCUUUACACAGAAGGGGGAGACUUUUCGAUUUGGCCUGUUACUAUUCUUUUUUAUGGAAAUGUCUAUAUUACCCUUAAUAAAAUGAUUCUUUCUAUAU